GAGAAAGGAUCCGCUCGGGGAGGAACCCCCGGAGUCUGAGCCUCCCACGCCGGGAUCCGCUGGGCGUACAGAGCGCCACCUCCGGCCGAGGCGCGGCACAGAGCGCGAUGCCGGGGACCGGCGCGCGGGAGGCCCAGGCCUGAGCGGGCUGCACCGUUCCCCUGCCGCCGAAGGGCAGGUGCGCCCGAGCUGGGCAGGUUCCUCCCGCCUACACCAGGUGGGAUCGGCCCCCCGGCUGGUCUCUCGAGGGGGCAGCCGAGCCUGGAACCCGGCCUAGGAGGGAAGGCGGGCCUCGCCACCCCGACGCUAGACGGCGAGGCCCCCUGAGGGUUAGGGACUCCCCGGUGGGUGGGUGGGCGGCCGCCUGGAAUUCCGCCCGCCCCAGGCCUCCGCCCCCAUCUGCCCCAUCCUGUGGAUUAGGCCCGCGCCCCGCCUCGGCCGCCCUCCCGCCAGACAAAGGCAGUAAAGGCGAAGCCUGCGGCGGUCUUUCAUCGAACGGCGGGCUCCGGCAUUUCAAAGGCCAAGUCGGGAAGGCGCUUCGGGGGGCGCUCGCCUUCCCCCCAGAUACCUCGGGGUGAGGGUGAGGAGGGCGGAGGCAGGACCUCUCCUGCCCUUCCCCGAGGGCCCCGGUCUACCAGCGCCCUUCCACGUGCCUUCACACACCUGCAGCCUCCCCGGUGCCCCUGCCUUCCCCUGGCGGCAGCCCCUCGCAGGGACCCCGCCACCAACCCCGCUCUCCAGGUGGUCAGGACGGAGAAAGCCCGAGGUAGAACCAGGGAAAACUUGGAAACGUUUAGAAGCACGUGAGGGCCAGUCCUUGUCCGUCCAGCUGGAACCUUCGAUGGCUCCGAGAGGCGGACCACUGGCAGGCUUGGGGAGGGCAGCCGAACAGUCACCCCCAAGGACUCAGGCUGGACCGGGUCUGAGCCAUCGCCUACGCGCCUCCCGAACUGACUGCAUCACGUCCGCUCGAGCCUGGGAUUCCUCUCCGGCAGAGGGGCCCGAGGACAGUCCCUCGGGGCUGAAGGGCUGGGUCCGGUCGUGGGCGCGGGAAUGGAGGAGGAACUCCGCCGCCUGUGCGGGGGCCGAGGUGGGUGCCUCCCUCCGCGCCCCUCCCUGGCGGCACUUCAGGGGGGCCCAGCUGGAGUUUGCGGCCAGCAUGGCGACCAAGGGGGCGCUUUCGAUAGGAGUUGCAGGCCAGCCCCAGGGCGGAAAGCAAGGGCGAGGCCGGGGUGCAUCCCGCCCCCGGACUGGAGAGCUUUUGGGGGCGCGGCGCAGGCGUCCCUAUAAUCGCCGGCGGCUAUUAAAAAUAAAAACCUCAGCGAGUCGUCAUAGCGACCAGACAACAGCCGCUGCGGGAGGGCGGCAAAAACCGUGCCACCGGCGCCUCGGAGGGGGGGGGGAGAUUCGGGGCACGCCGCGCGUUCCAGCCGGGGCGGGGCUACGACCCCAGCCCCACGGGCCCCGCCCUCCCCCACCCCCGAAAAAACUGGCAGAAACAGAGCCAGGGGCCCGGCUUCCAAGAAUGCGACGUAGAGAUACAACUGACUUGACCAAGAGGUCAGCAACUUGGGUGAGAACCCACGCGACGCGCUCCCUCCUCCCCGGCCCGUGCCGCGCGGCGCCCCGCCCACUCAGGUCCCAAGCGUCUCCCGUUCGGCCCGCGGAGAGGGGGGGGCACUGGGUGAGCAGGUGGGCUUCGGGGGCUCACCCCGGACAGGGAGCCGAAAGUCCGGAGGCCAGGCGCGUGGGGGGGGCUGCUGCACCUGCCCGGUGCGCCGGGUCCGCGCUCCUUGCGGAUCAGGCGUGGUCACGUGCUUCUUUCUGCCCCGGAUCGAGUUUCCCUUCCAGCCGCUAUUAGGCGGUUCACACGGUUCAUUGCAAAUAUUUGAUAAUGAGGCUAAAUAUACAUCGGAAUCGGAGGAGGCGUGGGCGGCCGUGCGGAGAGCGUGGGCGCGGCGUUCCCGGCUGGGCGGGCAUCCCCACCCAGGCCCUGCGGAGGCGCCGGACCCCGGGACGGGCACCAGGCUGUGUGCUACAGGGAGACCCGCCCCGCGCGCCGCCCCCGGGCCAUUCCGGCCCCAGGCUCGGGCACUGUCCCCAGAGGCCAGCUAGAGGGCCCCUGGCGGAAGGAGGGGGCGCCGCAGGGAUCUCCAGGGUGGGGAGGUGCUGGCGGGAGGUGAAGGUGCACCUGGCCGCUGGGAUGUCCGGUCGCCCCCGGAGCGGGUGCUUCCGGGCUAUCUCGGGCGUCUCCGGCGCGCCCCGACGUGCCUGCAGGCCCAUAAUUAGAGUGAGUCAGGUGCUCUAAAUAGGCGGAGAGAGGGGGUGCCGUGCAGCUGGGGUGACUGGUUGGGUUGGGCGACAGCCACUGGUGCCUCACCAUACUGCCCAUGAUCCCGCAGCAGGGAGGAGUGGGAAAGGACCUUGGCCGUUCCUCGGAGCCAAGUAGGGGCCAGAGGGGCACCCGCUUCAUUAGGCACCCGGUGAGCUGUGCAGCCUGCGUGUCACCCUAACUCCAGCUCACCUCAUUCCCCCUCCGCCCGCCGCCAGUGCCUGCCUGGGGCCUGGCGCCAGCUGACACGCGGCUACUGCUAGGAUUGCUGUUACUUCCCGGUGGGAGUCACGACGAACAUCCACUGAGCACCUGGGUCCCUGUGUGACUUCAUUUCCCUCACACGGACACAGACGAGAGCAGAAACGGAGUUUGAAACAGCUGUGAGCCCGCAGUCAUCUUGCGAGUAUUCUGUGCGUGAAGACCCACGUCAAGGGACACUUGGCAGCUUGCGGGCUAGACCGUGUGGAUCGGGAGCCACCAGCCACCCUGUGGCCACCGGCGUGUGAACCGUGGCUGCUUCGCCCGGCGAUACGCCGGACACGCGGGGCCUCCGUGGCCGAGAGGGCUUCGUGUGCAGGCAAAGGGUGUGACAUUUCUCAUUGCCAAUUUUUAUAUUCGUUCCAUGUUGAGAUGAUAGCAUUUUCGAUGUAUUGCUUAAAUAAAUUCUAUUACUGCAA